AUGGAAAAGUCACAGCUGCCCUCUGAGCUCUCCUCCCGGCCCCCUUCUGAGGAGCCCGACAGCUCUGCCCGGGUCUGCACAACCAGCAACCCAUCCCGGCGGCUGCACAGCUGCCCGUGCCCGGAGCGGGGCUGCGUGGUCCGCUUGCGAAGGGGGAGGCGGGAUCGUGUUUUUCCCCGCCUCGAGACCGCCCCAGGACCGGCCUUUUUCCUCCUCCUCCUCCUCCCUCCUCCAUCAUGUGGAGCCGGCGGCGGGGCCGGCGCGGUGGGGCGAAGCGCGGAGGAGCUGCGGGAGCGGCGGCGGGAGCGAGAGGCAGCCCUCAGGAAGGCCCGGCGGCAGGAGCAGCUGGUCAGCAAGCGGCUCCUGCGGGAGGACAGCGUGCCCGAGGAGGGGGGACAGCAGGGAGCAGACGUCGUGCCAGACACACUCUCAGAGGAUGAGGUUCUGGAGCUGCUCAGGGGUGUGCAGAGGGGCUCGGAGGACAGGAAGCGUUCGCUCGGCCGCCUCCGCUGGGCUCUGCAGAACGAGGAGACUCAGCAGAAGUUUGUCAGGCUGGACGGCAGCAUCCGGGUGCUCACUGGGCUCUUCACCAGCAGCCUGGCUGACCUGCAGCUGGAGGCUGCCCGCUGUCUGCACGAGCUGUCCCACUCCAGUGUCCCCAUGGUGGCAGAGGCGUGCCUGCCUGUCACCUCCUACCUGCUCACCUACCUGUCAGGACACAGCCUGGAGUUCACGGAACUGUGUCUGUACACACUGGGGAACCUCGUAGUGGAAAGUGAGGCUGUGAGGAAGCAACUUGUGCCCCAGGGCAUUAUUCCAGUGCUGGCAUCCUGCAUCCAGUCCCCACACGAGGCAGUGCUGGAAGGUGUGGGCUAUGUCCUCUCACAGCUCCUCCAAGCCAAGGAAGCCCCCACAGAGAUCAUCCCCCUGGUCCUGGACUCUGUUCUCCCCCAGCACAUGCUCCGGCUGGUUUGCUCUGGCCUCAGGGCUGGGAUGGGAGCAGCUGUAGAGUUUGCAUGGUGUCUCCACUACAUCAUUUGUAGGCACAAAGACAACGUGGUGCUGCUGGCACUGGGAGCUGUGCCUGCCCUCACCUCGCUCCUGCUCGACUUGGCUUCCCAAAUCCCUGAGGAUGUUCCCGAGGGCCUGGAGCUGCUCGUGUGCCCCGUGCUGCGGUGUCUCAGUAACCUGCUGGCACAGACAGGCUGCCAGGGCCAGGGCCAGGACGGGCGCCUGCUCGUCGCCCUCUUCCUCCUCCUGCAGUGCUUCCUGCAGCAGCACCCCUUCCUCAUCCAGGAGUGCCUCUGGCUGCUCAACAACCUCACGGCGGAUGAUCCCUUCUUCUGCUCUGCUCUGCUCUCCCUGGACCUGCUCCCAGCCCUGCUGCAGCUCCUGACGUGUUCCCAGAUGGCCAUUGUGCUGGUCCUGACUGUGCUGUGCAACAUGGCAGAGAAGGGAGUGUCCCAGUGCCAGCGGCUGCUCCAGCAGCCCCUCCUGCCCCGCCUCUUGCCCCUCCUCACACUGCCCGACCCCAAGACCGUGGGGCAGUGCCUGGAGCUGCUGCACCUCCUCUUCCUGCACUGCCCAGAGGCUGCUGCUGAUUUCACCAGGCAAGGUGGACACCAGGCCCUGGAGCAGCACCAGAGCACCCCAGAGCUGCAGGAGCGGGCACAGGCACUGCUGGAUGUGGUCAGGCAGUCCCCAGGAGCCCCCAGUGCCUGCCAGGCCACACUGGCUGCCUUCUCCUAGGCCUUGCCCCU